CCACUCAAAACAAACCUAGCUCAGUUUGCCCAGCGGUCUUCAGCAUGGCCGUGGCUGUUCCCCUCGCGAAUGGCCGGACCGAGUUGUUCGUCGACGAUGAACCUCGUUUGGGUCAGCGGCUGGUGAAGGACGUCACCGCAGCCGCCCAAGCAGCGAUCAACGCAAAGGGGAGCUUUAGCCUGUGUUUGGCAUCCCCUGUGAUCGCAGCGCUCAAAGACUUGUCGCCAGAGGCGGUGGAUUGGAGCAAGACAAGCGUUUUCUUCACAGGAGAGAAUUUGGGAGCCAACAAGUCUUACGCGGACGCCCAAGACGCCUUCUGCAGGAAGUGUGGCGUUCAGAACAUCUACUAUCCGAUUUUGCGACCGCUCUUCAGCACUGGCUCCGGACUCCCACCCUUCGCUGUGAAGGAGGCCGCUGCUGCCUACGAGGCCCUUCUGAGGAACCAUCCAUCCAUCGACAAUUCAGGCAAGAUGCCAUCUUUCGACCUCUUGCUGUUGGGUGCGGGAGAAGACGGCCACUGCGGCUCCCUUCAUCCCGAGAGCGACCAGGUCAAAGCGGAGGGCACGGUGAUCAGCAUCUGCCAGCCAGGCAAGAACCAGAUCGCUGUCUCCAUGGAUGUGAUGUGUGCUGCCAAGAAGGCCAUUGUGCUUGCCAGAGGUGCAAAGCAGAAAGACACCGUGCGCCGUGCUUUGUCGGGUGUCCACGGUCUCUAUGAUUGCCCGGUGGGCUUGGUCAAGGCCCAAUCAACCAGUUGGUUGGUGGACAAAGCUGCGUUCGACAACUUUGAUAGGACCUCCACACUGCAUGGUGGACUCCCCAGUUUGCUGCCCUGUGAUCGCCUGGCCGAGCUGAGGGAGACUGCCACCAAGCUUUGUGCGCCAGGCAAGGGUUUCUUGGCGGCGGACGAGAGCGCUGGGCCUUGGCUACGUGCAGGGCAUGCAGAAGCAGCCAAAAUCCCAGAUUUGAUCGAUAACCGGGCGGCCUACCGGGCCCUAUGCUUCUCCACACCAGGCUUGAGUGAACACAUCAGUGGGGUGAUUCUCCACUGGGAGACUUUAAUGCAAGAGGAUGCAGAUGGCAAGGCCAUGGUGGAUAUCAUCAGAGGGAACGGCAUGAUUCCCGGAAUCAAGGUGGACAAAGGCUACAACAAGAAGGGCAUGUGGGGAACACCAGUCGGUCCUCUUGGGCACCCGGAGGUGGCAACUGUGGGAUUGGAUGAUCUUCAGCAAAGGUGUGCGCAAGCCUACAAGGAAGGAGCGCGAUUUGCCAAGUGGCGCAACGUCUUGCAGCUGGAUCCAGAGAAAGGCUUGCCAACGGCUUUGGCCAUCAAGGACACCGUCCACACCUUGGCGCGCUACGCCUCCAUUUGCCAGAGCGAGGGCUUAGUGCCAAUUGUGGAGCCAGAAAUUGUUCCCAAUGGUGACCAUGACAUCUACUAUUGCGCAGAGGUGACAGAGAAGGUCUUGGCAGCGCAGUUCAGGGCAUUGGCAGCUCACCACGUCUACUUGGAGGGUGCUGUCCUGAAGCCCAACAUGGUCAAGAAUGGCUUGGGGGGACCCAAAGCAAGUGCCGAGACCAUUGCAACCCUGACCUGCCAAACUUUGCUGCGCACAGUUCCUCCUUCCAUGCCAGGCAUAUUUUUCUUAUCCGGUGAGACAGCAUUGAAUGAAGACAAUGAAGAAGAAGCAACCAUCAAUUUGAGCACCAUGAACAGUCUUUUUGCCGGCAAGCUGCCUUGGCAUUUGUCAUUCUCUUAUGGCAAAGCUUUGCAGAAGACCUGUAUUGUCACCUGGCUGGGCAAGACUGAGAACAAGGAUGCCGCGCAAAAGGCCCUGAAGGCACGAGCCAACGCGAACUCUGACGCCGUUUUUGGCAAAUACAAGCCAGGCAGCUGCGCUAGUGUUGGCACUGACGGCAAUGUGAUGCAGGCAGCAGGGCCUUACUGAAAAUGCAUCCGUGUUGUUUCUGUGCUUAUGUUAAGGCUUCCGUGUGUUUCACCGCUGGGCGAAUGGACCUUGCUGGUUGCCAUGCAUGAAAUUGGCUUUUUGAAGGGUGUGCCUGAGAAGAACAUCAUGGCCUGCCUAAAGCCUUGAGGGGUUGAUGCGUCCUACCAGAUCAGGGUUGAGAGCGAAGCAGACCUUCGGUAGCCCUGUGAGACGCGGCUUUGAGGUUAGUUGGUUGUGUUGACUUCAGAUUGAUCUGAUCAAACGCCCA